AUGACAAAACAAGCAUUACUUAUUGUUGACGAUUAUUUUACAGGUUUUAAAUUAGUUAAUCCAAAAAGGGCAUUGGAAAAUACUUUAAGAAGGAUUUUAGGGAAAUUUAGAGAAAUGCACCAAAUGGUUUUUAUUAAACAAAUUACAUUCCCAGGAAUUCCUUAUUUUAUUGAAGGAACUCCAGGUUGCGAAUUACACGAUAAAUUGGUACCAAGACUUAGUCAUUAUGUAUUUGUUAUUAAAAAGUCAAUUCGUGUGAGUCUCGCAGAAUUAAGAGAACCAGUGUAA